GUUCGCUACAAAAAUGGCUGCUUCCAUAAACAAGUGGUUGCUAGUCAUUCUGAUACACGAGAAGUAGUUUAGAAAAUCCAUAUCUGUAGGCAGAUGAACUGAAGAUGGCGCUGCAGAUUGGAACCCUCGACUUCCCGGUCCUGUUUGUAGCCUUGUCGUCAUGGUCGGCGCUCUACUUCCUGCUGUGUGCGGCCAACCGGAAACACAGCUAUGAGUGGCAGUGUCGAAUUGUGACCUGUAUCCAUGGUAUUCUCAUCACCAGCAUGGCUGCAUGGUGUGCCUUCGUACAGGGUCCCUGGCCAUUCACAGACGCAGGUGGAUCAAACACCCCCCUCCAGUGGCUGACAGUCACCAUGUGUCUGGGAUAUUUCAUCUUUGACUUCUCGUGGUGUCUCUACUUCAGGGGUGAAGGAGCUGUGAUGAUGGUUCACCACUGUCUCAGUAUCCUCGGUCUGUCCAUGUGUCUGGUGUUCGGCCGGUGGGGCACGGAGCUGGUGGCGACUAUCUGCGGCGGUGAGAUGACGAACCCGCUUCUCCAGUUGCGGUGGUUCCUGCGUGAGACGGGCCGCUAUGACACUUGGUACGGAGAGCUCAACGACAUCGUCUUCAUGGUCCUCUUCGGCAUCAUACGCAUCGGCGUGGGGUCGGCACUGCUCUACUCCUACUUCCAGCAGCCCACCGACUACCUCGGCCGCUUCGGCGGAGUCUGUAUCUACUCCAUCGGGUGGCUCUUCUUCAUCAACAUCGUCCAGUUCGGUGUCAAUAAGUACAAGAAGAAAUGGCGUGCGUUCAAACAAAGGCAGGGAAGUGUUUCGAAACGUGCUGAUAAAGUGAAUGGUGAAUGUAGUUCUGUAGGGAUGAAAGGGAAUAAAUCGUCUGUGGUGACGAAAAAUGAUGAUAAUUCUGUGGUGAAAGAUGAACAUAAAAGUUUGUCAUUGACGAAAGAGACAAAAGAUGAUAACUUGAUGAUGACAGACAAAGAUGAAAGUUUUUCGUUGAUGCAACAGACAAAAGAUGAUAACUUGAUGAUGACAGACAAAGAUGAAAGUUUUUCGUUGACGCAACAGACAAAAGAUGAUGCUUCCAUUGUGACAGGGGAAGAUAACCGGUUCUCGCUGAUGCAGCAGUCGUGUGUUGAGGGUGGAGAACAGAUAAAGAAGCUGGUCAGUGGAAUCUUCAGCGAGAUUCCGUCGGCAGACGCGUGUUUGAGACGAGUCGUAAAGCCAGGGGUAGACAACUCCAACCACUUGCUCAACGAGUUAGUGAUGAGUGGGCAUGUGUCCUGUAUGUGUUCGGACACUGAUGACAAGAAAACUUUAUAAGUUAUCAACAUAGAUGUUUGUUUAAUGCUCAACUGUCAGCUUCACCUUCAAAUAAUUGUAAAUGAAUUAUCUCCCUUUUCCCUUUUUAUUUUUUUUAUUU